AUGUCCGCUGCUAACGUUAGCGAAGAGCUGCGGGUGGAGUUUCCCUUGCACUCCGCUGUUUGGGCCAAUGAUUACAGACAGCUAGAGGAUAAUAUACGAUUACAACAGAUUGACGUUGAAGCUGUAGAUCCCAGAGGUCGGACACCUUUGCAUUUAGCGGUGUCUCUUGGUCAUCUGGAAUCUGUGAGGGUUCUUCUCAGACAUGGUGCACAAGUAACAAAAGAAAAUGCCAAUAACUGGACCGCUUUACAGGAAGCAGUUAGUACUGGAGAUCCAGAAAUGGUUCAGCUUGUGCUUCAACGCAGAGACUACCUCAAAGCCUCCACUGCCCUUGGAGGAGUGCCUGAGCUGCUGUCAAAGAUUCGAGAGUCUCCAGAUUUUUAUAUGGAAAUGAAGUGGGAGUUUACAAGUUGGAUUCCCCUUGUGUCCCGAGUUUGUCCAAGUGAUGUUUGCCGCAUUUGGAAAAGUGGCUCUAACCUGCGGGUCGAUGCCACGCUACUUGGAUUUGAGAAUAUGACAUGGAUCAGAGGGCAACGAAGCUACAUCUUUAGAGGAGAUGAUUCUCAUGCAGUCUUAAUGGAAGUAAACCACGAUGAUAAGGUUGUAGACACAGAACGGUUCAAUAUUUCUCAAGAAAUGGAGGAUGUGACUCUGGAAUCAAUGCAACCAGCUGAACAGGAGGUUGCCAAAAGACUAACUACUCCUAUUGUUAACACAUUCCUUGAUACAAAGGAUAUUGCUUUUGAGAGGACUAAGUCUGGGAUUUGGGGAUGGAGAACUGAGAGAACUGAAGUCGUCAAUGGGUUUGAGGCUAAGGUUUUUAGUGUAAACAAUGUCAAUGUGGUGAUCAGAACACGGACAGAGCAUCUUACUGAUGAGGAGAAGUCCCGCAUUAAAAGUGAAAGAAAUGUCCUCGAAUCCCUUUUGGGUACUGUGGAGCUGUACAAUACAGCGCAGGGGGACCUUACUCUGGAGUAUGCAACUGCAAACAAUCCUACUGCCAUCACCCCUGAGGAAUAUUUUAACCCAGAGUUUGAUUUGGAAAAUAGAGAUAUUGGACGACCAAUUGAACUCAGCAUUCGAACUCAGAAAUUCAAAGGUACUUUGUGGAUGAGUGAAGAUCACCCAUUGUCAUUGGUGGAGCAGGUGACCCCCAUCAUUGAUCUCAUGGCUCGAACAAGUUCACAUUUUGCCAGGCUGCGUGACUUUGUCACUCUGAAAUUUCCACCUGGGUUUCCUGUUAAAAUUGAGAUUCCCCUAUUUCAUGUACUCAAUGCAAGGAUUACUUUUGGAAAUGUGAAUAAAUGCAGUACAGAAGAUGAGGCAACACCAACUCCAACAGGAACCCCAACAGAAAGUUCUGAAGCCUUGGCUACAUUUCAGAGUCUUCUGGAGUCUCAAGGAAUUCCUGACCAGGAGGGAAAUUGGCAGGAAUCUGAUGAUGGAUUUACUGAUGUAAUGCCCAGAAGUCACAGUGAUAGGAGCAUCCCAGAGGGGGCGCUAGUGGACCUUGAUGUGCCAAGUCCUGUCAGCUCUUUCACCACCCUGAGUCCAGACACAGACAUGCGCCUUGCGAUGGAGCUGUCUGCACAGGCUCAAGAAGAGGAAGAGAGACUGAGGCAGCAAGAGGACCAGGAGCUGGAGAGGAUACUGCAGCUAUCACUAACAGACAAAUAA